AUGAGUACCACCACUAUUUUCUCUAAAAUUAUUCCUUCCUUUUUUCCUAAUACUAAUCAAACUACUAUUCCUUCUCCCGCUUCCUCUUCUACCACUAUUAUUACUACGGCUUCGCAAGAUAAUACUCAAGAUCAUGGAUGGAUUGAAAAAGGAAAUCUGACUAAUUUAAAUAGUAAUGAUAUUCGUAACACAACAACAACAUUGGUACCUAUAAAUAAUGAAAAAAUUUAUUCAAAAAAAAAUACGGACUUUCAAAAUAAUCUUUCUCCACCAUCGCCUAUUAUCCGUAGUAAUGAGAAGAAUAUUGCACAUUCAACUUUUAUACCAAUAAAUAAUAAUACAAAUAGCAAUACAAAUAGCAAUCCAAAUAGCAAUCCAAAUAACAAUACAAAUAGUAAUACUAUAAUUAUAACUGCGAAUACUAUCAACGAAAGCAAAAACGAUAAUAAAAGCAGGAACCAAAGCAAUAGAAAUAGUAUUUUCGGUAGAAAUAUUAGUACAAAUAUUAACAAUAUUAGUAUCAUUGGAAUGUUUACUUUUUCUUCUUCCUCUUCUAAAGAAAAAUCUUUACCAUCUGAAUUACCUGAAAGAUCUAUAAAAUCUAUUGAUAAACCUUCUAGCGAGUUGGAAAAUAAAAAUUAUUUUAUUCAUUCGUCUAAAACAAUGAAUAAUAGACCAGUUUCUGAUUUGGCUUCCUCUCCGAGCAUUCACGCAAUAUCUGAAGAAACUAAUAAAGGCAAUUCAAAUCAUUUAAAUCUCACAGUUGAGACAAGUGUAAAUGGUUUUAACUCUAAAGUACAAAAUACGCCAAUGUCUACUCAAUUUCCUUAUAACAGCGGAUUAUCUCAAAAUAAUCAAAAUAAUCUUUUUCCUGAUAUUCAUCCUUUACAAUCACAUAAUUAUCCACAUUCACAAGAAUCCUCUUAUAACACUUACUCCUAUGCUUCUUCUAUAACCAGUAAUGCUAGCGUUAAUUCUUUUAAUUCUGAACAAACUCCUAAUUUCUAUUCUGACCAUCGAGUCGCUUCACGUGAAUCUCCCCAUCCUAUUUUGCAACCUUCGUAUGGUUUUAGUAGUAGUUCAAGUAGUCUUGCUGAACCAUUUCCUAAACCCAUCAAUUCCUCUCCUCUGAAUUCUUCUACUUUGGAUAACAAUAAUAAUCCUUAUCAACAAAAUAAUCCUUAUCAACAAAAUAAUCCUUAUCAACAAAAUAAUUCUUAUCAACAAAAUAAUUCUUAUCAACAAAAUAAUUCGGAUCAACAAAAUAAUUCUUAUCAACAAAAUAAUUCUUAUCAACAAAUUAACUCUUAUCAACAAAAUAAUCCUUAUCAACAAAAUAAUCCUUAUCAACAAAAUAACCUUUAUCCACAAAAUAAUUCUUAUCCACAAAAUAAUUCUCAGAUGAAAAAUAAAAAUAAUCUUAAUAAUUAUAAUAAUACUAACAAUAAUAAAAAUAAUAAUAAUAAUAAUGAUGAUGUGGAAUCAGAAAAAAAUCAAAAACGAAAAGGUAGGCGAUUGAGUACUUUAUUCAGAAAAUCAAAAAAAUCUCAUCCCGAUUAUCCUAAAGCAAGACAAGCAUUAAAUGAUAUGCAAUUUCAUGAAGCUAUUAAAUUAUUAUCAGACCUUAUUAUACAAUUCCCUCAAAGUUAUUCAAUAAGAUGUGAUCGUGCUUACGCUUCAUAUCUAGUGGAAGCAUGGGAUCGGGCUUUAAAUGAUUUGGAUAUUUGUAUUAACAAGAAACCAAAGAGAUCUUAUGCUUAUUCUUUACGCGGUGAAGUUCAUAGAUUAAUGGGUCACAAUGAUAAAUCUUUAAGUGAUUUAAAUAAAUCUUUAAAACUACAUAAAAAUACUUUCUCGUUACGUGCAAGAGCUGAAGUUUAUAGAUCUGAGAAAAGAUAUGAAGCAGCUAUUGACGAUUUGAAUGAAGCUUUAGAGAUCGAACCUAAAAAUAUUGAUACUCUUAUUAGGAGAGCUAAAGUUCAUUGUGCCCUUGGACGAUUUGUUCUGGCUAUAGAAGAUUUAAACGUUGCUUUAAAAUUAGGUGGAUCUGAUAUAAGUCCGGAGCAAUAUGUAAUAUAA